UUUUACCUGAACUUAAAAAUUGAAACCAGAAAGGAGAAGCUUCUGAACUCAGACAUCCAUUGGAAGCUUCUGAUAAGUGAUGAUGGCUCAUCUUCUCAUCUCAGAGUGUGGUCGAUUGCUUGAUUCUGCUCAACCUUUUUCUAGUGUUGAGUACCCCACUCCUGCUAGCCUGCUAUAGAGCAAUUCAGAAUAAGAAGUGAAAUGCAGAGUAAGCCCAGAGAGAAGAAGUUCGAUCAUGUCCUCCCCGAAACAAUCGAACUGGAAUUCCCCAAAGAACCUCCAAGCAUUCAAACUGAAAGAAAAUGAUGAAGAUGGAGGGUCGUUCAGUGUAAGGAUAUGGACCAGUGUAGAAAUUUGGAGAACGUUUUUCAUCCGCACAGGAUAUAAGUACAGAUGGCCAUAUCAUCUGAUAUCCGUCAGAUAGCACUGAGCUGUGAGUUGGAAGGGAACCUUUUAUUUUUCUCAUUUGCCCUUUUGUGGUGUUGUGUAAAGAGUAACGUUUAUAAGAUUGUGUGACAGUUGUGGCGUUUCUGCAGCAGAAGCAACUUGCAAGAAGCAAGUAAACAAAAAACAACAAAUGCACAUCCGUUACUGCUCUUCACCUGUGCUCCUUUACCUAAUCUUUCUCCCAAGACACGAGAAAAUUUUGAGAUUUCUGUGGAGAACUCUAGACGGGUCUUUGCCGCUUGUUCUAAAAUAGGCAAAUUCAUUAAAUUUAUGGGUUUUUUUUGCUUGCCAGAGGAAUUAGUAGUUGUAAAUAUCAAGGCAGAUUUUGCAUCUAUCACUGAUCCCUAUUGGGCUUCUGAGCUUUUCCCUAUUUAACCGUUCAAUCGUCUAUGGUGGGUUGUCCCUGGCUUGCACAGAAUUCGAAGUGAGGAAAAAAUUCCAGUUGCGAGAUGACCCAGAAGAGGAAAUCCGCAGAGUUCACUGCUUUGGAGGAAAGUGAUAGAGCGCUCAAUCACAUCUUCUGUGGCACUGCUAAUUCUCUGUCUCAACUUUAUGGUGAAGCACUCCAUCAGCAGAAGUUGCUCUUUCAGGCUGGGGAGAGACGUGCUUUGGAAAAACUAAAUGAAUGGAUAUUGACGAAGCAACAAGGAGGAGUAACAGUUACAGAAGCAGAUAUUUUAGCAUAUCUUCAGAAUGAGCUUGACAUUGGAGUAGAAGUGCCAUCUCUGCCCAUACCUGAGCAGCAGCAACACCUCAAUAUAAAUGCUAGUUUACCCUUGUCAUCUCCAGGGCCUCAAAUGCUAGAGGGAAAAUUCUUGCAAGCAACAGGUCCUCUGGUUUUACCAGUGGCCUUCAACAUGGACCAACCCAGGAAUUCUGCUUCCUCCAAUGAUGCUCCAUCCACUCCUCUCAAGGAGAGUAUUCCAUUUGAAGUUGCAGGCUAUUCGGAGAUGUUGGCGCAUUGCAUGCAGAUUGAGGAUCAAGAAGUAUGAGUGAGUGAAAACCAUAAUUAGACUUCUUGGAUUCUUAAGGAUGGAGGUCUUAUUGAUAUGCAUUGUGCUGAAGCAGGAAGCAGAAUGGAGUCUGUAUUUUCUCUCUGUGGAUAUUAAAUCAUCACUAUGAACUGCUUUACCACCUUUCCCAUCUUUACAUUGAGUCAGUGGGAAUAUAGAACCACCUCAUACUGGCAAAUUGGUUCCAUUGUAUCUUCCCCUUUGGAAGAUCAACAGUGUUUGCAAAGUUAACAAAAUAUAUAUUUUAAUUUUCUUCUCUAAA